AUGGGCUGGGAUGAAUCUGCUUGCUUGCCGUCUCUUAAGUAUUGUCUCCUUCAAUCCACUUUGGUUAAGCGACAACGUGCUCUAAGUAGGCCUAGGCAGUCGGCAGUUAGAUCCUACAGGUGGGAUAUCAGGUGGUUUCAUAAAUUUUGGGAAGCCGGCGGUAACUGCAACUUGGCCAUUGCUGCAGCUAGGCUGGGGCUUCAUGUCUUCGCUGUUGGUCAUGUAGGAAAUGAAAUCUAUGGAAGUUUUCUACUUGAUGUUCUUCAAAAUGAAGGCAUUAGUAUGGUUGGAAUGAAUGAGAACAAAGAUCCUGUAGUUGCUAAUAAUAUAUCAUAUGAAACACUUCUCUGUUGGGUUUUAGUUGACCCAUUUCAAAAGCAUGGAUUUUGCAGCCGUGCCGAUUUCAGCAAUGAGCCUGCAUUCAGUUGGAUGACUAGAUUAUCAGGAACAGUUAAAGUAGCUAUUCAGCAGUCAAAGAUCCUUUUUUGCAAUGGUUAUGCAUUUGAUGAACUUUUCCCUGAGUUGAUCACCUCAGCACUUCAUUGUGCUAUCGAUGCUGGAACAGCAGUGUUUUUCGAUCCUGGUCCACGUGGAAGAACUCUUGUUAAUGGGACACCUGAAGAGAAAAAAUCACUGGAACAGUUUCUGAAGCUCAGUGAUGUCCUCCUCUUGACUUUGGAUGAGGCAGCGAGUCCGGCGCACGGAGAGUUGCAGGUUGAUGAGACUUCUUAGUUGUCCAUUUAUCUACUUAUUAUACUUUAUAGUUAUGCAGAACUCCAUAUGUAGUUGAUUAUUUUCAGAUUCUAGAUUGGUAUUUUAGUUUAGAGUUGAGGGUUUUUGUGAGACU